AUGGAGGAGCCUACGGCGGCGGAAUUGUCGGAAUUGGAGGCGAAGCAGAGGAGGCUCGGCGCGGCGUUCGAGUCGUUGAGUGCACAUGCGUCGUCGAUUCUUCAGUUCACGGUGGAGUGGAAGGAGCUCGAGGAUUACUUCGAGUCGACCCGGAGCGCGCUCAAGGCCCGGCUCCAGCAGCUUCAGGAUCGGGAGAAGGAGGCGGCGGAGAUGCAGGCGAGGCUGACGGCGGAGGUGGAGAGGAGGCGGAAGGAAGCGGAGGAAGGGGAGGGGUAUUUGGAGUCGGUGAAGGCUUUGAUAAAGGAGAAUGAUGAGGAGCUUAGGGUUAGGGAGGAGAGGUAUGAGGGAUUGGUGAGGCUGAUUAGGGAGAAAGAGAGGGAGGUGGAGGAGAAGAGUAGGAAGUUGAAUUGUGUGGAGAAGAAGAUAGAGGUGAAGGUGAAGGAGGUUGAAGAGGUUGAGGUGAAGAAAGAUGAGAUGGUGAAGGUGGUGAAGGAAUUGGAGGGGAAAGAGGACAAGGUGGAGAAGCUGAUUGUGGAGAGGAAGAAGAAGCUGAGUGGUGUGAGGGGGGUGAUUGAGGAGAGGAGGAAGGAGCUCGAGUCGAUGAAAGAGGAGGUGGUGAAGGUGGAGAGGAAGUUGAGGGGGAAGGAGGAGAGGCUGAGGUUGGUGGAGGAGUCGAUGGCGGAGAGGGAGAAGGAGCUGAGUGGUGUGAGGAGGGAAGUUGAGGAGAGGAGGAAGGAGGCUGAGCUGAAGGAGGGUGAGAUGGUGAGGGUGGAGAGGAGGAUUGAAGAAUGUGAGAGGGAGUUGAAGGAGAAAGAGGAGAGAAAGAAGGAGGUUGAGGAUUCGAUAGGGGAAUGCUGUAGAGUGCUUGAGUCGAAAGAGGAGAUGGUUCGUGUGGCGGAUGAGAAAGGGAGGGAGUUUUGUUUGUUGAAGAGAUCAAUGGAGGAGUGGGGUUGUAAGGUUGAAGUGAAGGAGAGGGAGCUUGAGGGGUUGGCUGCUAAGUUAGAAUUGAAAGAGAGAGAGGUGGGAUUGAAGGUUGAGGAGCUUGGUUUGAUUCGAAAUGAGGUUCAGUUGAAUGAGGAGCGUUUAAUUUCACUUGAGAAAUCAUUGCGAGAAUGGGAGAAGGAUCUGCAUUCGUUGCAGAAGUCGGUAGAGGAAUGCUCCCGGGGGAGUGUGAUCACUAGGGAUGGAAGAGGAUUGCAGCAUUUUAUGGACGAUCAUCUGAAGAGAAUUGACUCCUUGGGGACUGACCUCUCGGCUAUACUCAAAGAGUCUUCAGACCCGGGGAAAUUGGUUUUGGAUGCAAUGCAGGGGUUUUACCCUGAAAAGAGGGAGUCGGCUUUCGAAUUGAGAGUCAGAAGAAGAAGUUGUUGCUUAUUGUUAGAGGAGUUGAUGAGGAUGUCCCCACAAAUGAAUCUUCAAGUGAAAGAGGAGGCAACGAAGCUGGCUGCUAAUUGGAAAGCCAAGAUGAAAGUGGCCAGUGACAAGGACUUGGAAGUUUUGGGUUUCUUGUGGCUUGUUGCAGCAUAUGGCGUAACUUCCUACGGUACAAAGGAGAUUAAAAGGCUUAUAUCUAAUGUUUCCCAUGGUCUACAAGCAGCACAAAUAGGCCGGGCCCUCGGUAUUACAGAGCUUGAUGACUUUAUUCCGAGACUAGUAGAAGAGAAGCAACUCUUUCAGGCUCUUGGAUUUGUCUUUAAGUUCAAGUUACUUGACAAGUUCACUCCAGUACGAGUCUUAAAAGACUAUCUGAAGGAUGUGAGUUUGUCGGAAACUUUAAAGAGAAAGAAAUCGGUUGAUGAAAAGGUUGAGUUUAUAGACAGCCAAAUAGCUGAUCUUAAAGCUGUGCUUCAAUGCAUCAGAGAAUACAACCUUGAGUCUGAAUACCCGUCCAAGGAAAUUGAAGUACAAAUAGGUGAGCUGAAAAAACUAAAGGACAUUUGUAGAGGUCCGGAGAACUGUCUUGCCUCUGUCACUAGACAACAAGCGCAGAGCCGAGGGAAGAAACGUAGUAGCAGCACUUCCCCCGCGGUUCAACCAGGGCAACAGAAAAAUAAAUUCCAUCAGACAGCUGAAGCAUCUCCUACUUCCUAUAAAUCACCAAGAUUCACCCCUGUGCAUCUGCACUCAACAGUCUCAAGACUAUCACCGUCUUUGGCUUUGGCGUAUGGAAAUAACUUACAAGGUGGGCAGGUUGGUGAUAUGGCUUCCAACUCUAGUGAAGUUGUUAGAUCUUCAUCUCUGGGGUAUAGAAACCAUGGACAGCCUGGGCAAGUUGGUAAUGCGGCUGCAAACUCUGUUGAAUUUGAUAGAUCUUCAUCUUUGGUGAGUGGAAUUCAUGGACAGCGUGGGCAGUUAGAUCAUAUGGCUGCCAACUUAGCUGAAGUCAAUCCCCAUUUUGGUACCAUAGAUGAAGUUGAUCCUCAUUUCCGGGCACCCAAUCUUUCUAACCCUUAUCAGUUGAGGGAUUUCACUCCCUUCCCUGCCCGAUAUGGCCCUUACUAAACCUAGAAUUAACCUGCAAGACAUGCUGAUCAUGAAGGGCUAGGGUACAUUGCAGCUCCAAAACCCAGCCCAGAGCACGUUGCUAAUUUCGACCAUAGUCACCCUUGAAGCGCCAGUAAUCUCACAAAUUUGCCAAGUAGCACAGCUUCUUUCUUCAGUAACAUAACUUUCGGUUUGUAGGAGAAGUAUCUGCUGUGGCCAAUGUCAUUCUCCAAGUCAAUUGGAGUAUUUUGUAACAGUAUUACAUGUUAAUACUUAAUAGGCUCGUCUGGGUUGUUGUAUGAUAAUGGCGAGUGCUGAGAGUGUUUAGGUCGAUUACAAUGUAUAGUAAUUGAAGUUUAGAGUUCUGACGCCA